AUGGCAGAUCGCAUAUCUGCGCUUGAAGCUGAAAAGAAUGGACUGGAAGCGCUCGUCGCGAAUAGCGGAAAGACGUCUACACAGCCCACCGAACCCUCAAACAACGAUCCUGUUGUCGCCCAGCUGAAACAGGAUCUCGCCGAAGCCCUGCGAUCAAAAGGCGUCACGGAGAAGAGGCUACGAACAAGCGAGGAAGAGUUGAUGCAGUCGCGAUCGAAACACAAAAUCGAUACGAAAUCGAUACGAGACCUUACGGCGGAUAGGAGUGGUCUUACCACCAGGCUAAAAGAUCGGGAAUACGAACUGAGGGAAAAGCGCAAGCUUAUUGAGCAAGUACAAGAUGAGAUGAUUGCGCUGAACCUUCAAAUGUCAAUGGCCGAGAAAGAAAGAGACAAAGUCAAGAAAGAAAACAAGGAAUUGGUGGACAGGUGGAUGAAGAGGAUGGCACAGGAAGCAGACGCUAUGAACCUUGCCAACGAGCCCAUCCUCGGGAAAGGACGAUAA